AUGAGUGCACAAGAAUGCAAGAUAAAACUAUUAAAAUAUAAAAAUAUGGAAUUAGAAUCGAAAAUAGCAUUAUUAAAGAAUGAUUUCAAACUAAUUAUAAAUGAAGUUUUGAACUUAAAAAAUUUUAUAAAUGAAAAAAACGAAAGAGCAAAAGAUAAAUUAAGAAAAAUUAAAAUGAUAGUUAAUAUAUUGAAAAGAGAAAGGCAAUAUCUCUACAUAACAAAUAAAAAAUAUUCUAAGGAAAUUAAAUACCUAUAUAAGAAAAAUAGUAUUCUUCAAAGAAUAUUCGAUAUAGACAAAAUAAAGAAAAUAUAUAAACCUAUUAGAUUACAUAAGAAAGAGAAAAAAAAAAUUUCAAAAUACAGUAAUUUAAAAUUGUAUAAAAUGGAUAAUAGGAAUAGAAAUAAAAUAUUAUUUAAAAAAAAAGAUAUAAUUUUUAGAAAAAAAAAAGCAUAUUUAAGUAAAGAACAUAUAAUAAAUAUUCCUAAAAAUCCCCCACUCAAAAAUAGAUCUUAUGGUAUUAAAUGUAAAAAAAAUAUAAAAAAAAAGAAAAUUGGAAAAUAUAUAAUUUUAAAGAAUAAGAAAGAUGUAUAUAAUUUGGAAUAUUUGAAAAAAAAAAAAGAAUUAAAAAAAAAAUUUCGUAUAAAUAAGUUUUAUGGAAAACAUUAUUGUAUCUAUUUCACUGUUAAUGUGUUCAUAAUAAAAAAAAAUAUAUCAUUAAAAAAAAGGAUAUAUAGCUUUUUACAUUUGUCAAGAGUAUGUUUUCUAAAAGAUAUUAAUAAGAAUGAUAAUAAAAAUAUAUUUGAUAAAGAAAUAAUUUCAUUAAAUAAUAGAAAAAAUAAAUUUCGUGAAAAUGCAAUGUAUAUAAAAGAAUUAAAAAAAAAAGAAGAAAAAAAAAAAAUAUUAAUAGACAAUUUAAAAGAAAUACAGGUAAUAGAAGAGGGAAAAAUUAUAUGUUUUAAUAAUAAUGAAGAUAAUAAAAACCUUGAAAAUAUUUCUCUAAAGAGAGAUAAAUAUAAAAGUAAAUCAUACAUAUUUAUAAAUGAAAAUGAGGAAAAAAAAAGAAAUGAGAUACAUGAUAUUUAUGAUAAAAAAGCAUGUAUUUUUGAUCAAAUAAAUGAAAAAGAUAUAUUUAUGAAUAAAUCAGAAGAGUUUUCUCAAGGUAAAAGUAAUCCUUAUUUUAACAGUAUAUUAGAGAAUGAAAACAACUACUUUGCAAAAUUUUAUAAGGAAAGAUAUAUUAAAUAUUUAUAUAAUAUGAAAAAAGAUAAUAUAAAUAAAAUCAAAGAAUAUAUAAAUAAAUUUUUUAUAAAUACUUUUCAAAAUCAAAAUGAACAUUUAAUAAAUAGGAACCAAACUAUUAAACAAAUUUUUUAUGAUUUUAUUUCAGUACUUUUUAAAUUAUUUGAAGAAAAUAUAGUUGAAAAAAAUAAAUUUUUAAAUGAUCUUGAAAUGAGAAUUAACAAUAUCAUUAUAUUUUCAAAUAACAUACUCACUUAUAUAAAUGAAAUUUCUAUUAAUAUAAUUAAACAUAAAGUUAGUUUCGAAAGCAUCAUUGUAGCACUUCAAAAUAUCAUCAAAGAAUGCCAAUAUAAGUAA